AGUAUUGCAAAUAAUCUGAAUAAAAUAAUAUUAAAGUAUUGGAAAUAAUAUUGAAAAAUUGUUAAAAUAAGGAAGUAUUAUUGGAAGUAAUAUUAUGAAAAUAUUAUUUCUGAAAUGUUGACGAAAAUAACCUGUAUUUUUUUCCUUGGGAAAGUGAAGCACCUUCUUUUGGUUAAAUAACCCACAGUGUAAACAAGAGGCCUUUUGAGCGGCUGCCCAGAUCCGUUCUUCCCGGAAGGCCUGAUGCACUAAUUAAACAAACAGGGGUUGUGCCUCUACUUGCUUUGCGAAAUUAAAUAUUAAUUAUUGAGAUCCAAAGUCCCUCUCCUCCGGCUUCGGCCCGUCUUUCUCUCGUUUGCCCCCCUUUUUUUCCUCUCUUUUCCUUCUUCAUUCCUUCUUUCCAAAAUGGUCCUUGAGCUCUACCUGGACCUCCUCUCCCAGCCCUGCAGGGCCGUCUACCUUUUUGCCAAAAAGAACGACAUCCCCUUCGAAUUCAAAGAUGUGGCGCUCUUCAAAGAGUCCAUAUUAGGGAGCAGAGUCCUGAGCUCAAGUGGUGCCGAAGGCGGAUCAGGGUUGACAGACAAGAUCACCUUGUCGAAAAAGGUUCCUUUCCUGAAAGACGGGGACUUCGUUUUGACCGAAGGGCCGGCCAUCCUUCUAUACCUGGCUCGCAAAUACGGCACUCCGGACCACUGGUAUCCCUCAGACGCAGAGAAGCGGGCCAGGGUGGACGAAUACCUCUUCUGGCACCAGAGCAACAUGCGGGCCCAUGCCCCCAAGACCCUCUGGAUCCAGGUCCUGCUGCCUCUGUUAGUCGGCCAAACCCUUCCCGAAGGGAAAACCAAGGAAGUCAUGGAUGGCCUGGCAUCGUCCCUGAGGCAAUUGGAGGAGCUCUUUCUGAGGGACAGGCCCUUCUUGGCCGGUGACGAGGUUUCUGUGGCCGACCUGGUGGCCAUUGUGGAGCUGAUGCAGCCCUGGGGAGUCGGCUGCAACGUCUUCCAGAACCACCCGCGGCUCCUGGCCUGGCGCGAACGCGUGGAGGUGGCUGUUGGGCGCGGACUCUUCUCGGAAGCGCACGGCACGAUCGCCAGGAUCCGGGGCCUGAGCAGCGCCCAGGUCGAUCCCCAACUGAAGGCCCAGCUGGCGCCCCUCCUGGGCCAGAUCCUGAAAUAAAAGAGGAACCCCAACAACAACAACAACAACAA